AUGGCCCCAACUGCACUUGCUGCAUCCACUGCAUCCAUCACAGCUACACAAAAAGUGCUCCUGAUACCAGAGCUUGUUGCUGAGAUCCUCUACUGGCUAGCUGGGACACUUCGAAAUGCCCCUCACCUGAGGAAUUGGUGGUCAAACAAUCGUUCCCGACACCAUCUGGCAGCCAAGUACAUGACGAUCAAUAGGGUAUUCUUCUCAGAGUCUGUCCGGCUUCUCGGAAAAAUUCCUCUCAACACCCUUCACCCGGUAUGGAAAAGCCACAAUCGUCCAUUGCUUCCUCGCUUUGAAAUAAUCACGUCUCGUGAACGUGCGCAAUGCUAUGCAGACUGCAUUGAACAAGCCCGAAUCACCUCUGUCAGGCACUCAAAGAUUAAAAAGGCCAAUGCAGCGUUCAAUGGAAUUAACUUCCCCAAACUUCAUCAGCUAGAAGUGAAGAUCAACAACUAUGUCAGAAGUGUUAACAUUCCUAUCAUGAACGGCCCAGCCGUAAGAUCCCUGAGCAUCCUUUUCGAUGAAAAUGCGGAUCCUUGGACUCCCCGAGAUCAUGACCUGUCUUAUCGCAACGCUGUCAGAAUAUCAAAGUGGAUCAAAAGCACUUACCGAAUGUGA